CGCGCAUCGCGGCUCAAGCAACUCGUAAGUUGUAACUGGUCUCCGGAACGCCAAGACCCCAGGAACGCCGCAGUCUGGGUCUGGGACUACGACUUGCGCAGCCUCCUAUCUCUGACUGAUUCAACCACAACCAAUUCGCUUCUGCGUUUGUAUUUCUUCUCCCUGGCUCAAAGAGGCCCUCCGCUCUCAAUAUUUCCUGGUCCUCUUCCCUCGAAAGCGACCGUGAUCCCAGCGCCAGUGUGCGUCAUCGGGCUUUCUACGUACAGGCUGGCGACCGUGGCAGACUACCGUCUUUAACAGUUUCGAGGAGGUUAUGGCACAGCAGAGUGCACAAGAUGUGGUAAACCAAUCUCAGUCGGCGGGCGACCACCUUUCGCCCACCGACGCACCUGCGACCACAUCCACACCUGAUAUCAAAGUUUCUGGGGACGACAUUGGUGUUGGGGAGGUUGCGCCAAAAGAGAAUGGGACACACACACUUGCCAGUCUUAAGAUGGACGACUUAGAAGAUGCCUCAGGUCGCUCAGACACUGACACUAGCCGUGCCGAUGGUAGUGUUGCUGGGGAUAAAUCCACCGAACAAAAACCUCUGAAGAAAUUCACUGCCAAACCCGUCAGCUUCGCAAAAUACUCAGUUCCAAAGGUCGUCGCCGCAAGCGCUGCCGCCAAAGGCACAGAGAAAGUUGCGACUCCGACUUCUUCAGCUUCAUCAAUCACAUCCUCAGGACGCCCAAGGCUGGUCGCGAAAACUACGAGUGCUCUCCAGCCCAAGGCCAAGCCAUACCAAAGUGCUACACCUGAUCCUAUGCAAGUCUGGAACAAGAACAGAGUCACACCUCAACCUUCCACUAAACACCUGACCGACGAAGAGCUUAAGCAGCAAUAUGGCAUCCAUCUGACAUCCCGGAUCCAGGCAGACGGCGAAGGAAAAGAGGCGAAAUGGGCAGACAUUGAUGACGAUGAGGAUGACUGGGCACCAGAAACAAUCGAAUGGAAUGACGGUACAAAAUCUACAUUGACGCCUGUUGAAGUCGUCCCACCGGUGGCGCAAAAACCAGCAACACCUGUGGAAACGGCAGAGAAACCCAAGCCUGUUGCUUCUUCGAAAGCCCCAGCUCCGCAUUUCAUAAGCUCAGUCGGUCCCAAUGCUAUGGUUCUGAAACUUGGUGCCAGCGCUGAGAGACAUCAGGCACAGAAGGCUGCCAAUUUGCAAGCGAGGAGUCCUUCAGAGAAGCCCUCACUUCUUUCCUCGAAGACGGCACCUGCGCCUGCACCCUCCAAAUCGCCAUGGGCUGCCUUACCGCCUGUGGACAAGGUCUCUCCAGUGGCCAUCAACCCUGUGCUUUCGAUGCCGCCGCCUGGUCGCUUCCCUCCUCCGCAUCCUUAUGCACAGGCUCCGACGAGCUUCACGGCACCGUCUCCUGCCAAAGAGAUAUCGGCGGACGACUUCAAUCGUUCUUGGCGCGACACAGCUCAUGGUCAACCUCGUGAGUUGUACGUGCCGACUUCGGGGCGAUAUGAAGCUGUCCCCGAAGGCCGCAGGCGCAUGUCGAGGAACGAACAAGGCUUCCGAGCUCCCGCUGUUCUCCAGAGACCUAGUCUGAUGGACACCCAUGCUCCAGCUGAGCCUUCGGCAGCGUUCCAGACACAUCGAACUAGUGCGGAUCAAGUACGACGUAGAGCAUCGUCGACUGUUUCAGGCGGCAGUGGCUCCUUCGGCCGGCGCAUGUCCUUCAGAUCUGGUGAAAUACCAACUUCUGUGUCAGAAACUGCAAAACCUGUUGAUAACGAGGUCGCUGUUCGACCAAGCUCUCAAGAUGGGCUCCCCUCACAAACCCAGGCUUCUCAUUUUCAAGCUCACGGCACGGGUGACCACAUGUCUGCAGACGCCGUGCCUGCAACCGACGCGGAUAUCGAAACUCAACGAGCUCAGCAGCGAGCUCUGAUGAAAGAAAACAUUGAGCGAGCGCGGAGACGGAAGUUAGAAGAGGAGCAACGACUAGAGGCUGAAAAGCAAGAGCGCAUUAGGCUGAAGUUGGCGUCCCUUGGUCCUGACCCCAAGUUAGCAAAAAGACACCGAGAAGAGCAGAAAGCUGAGGGUGUUGCUCAGGAAAACGAAGCGAACAAGGAUACCGAAAAAGCACCAGCUGGUACGAUUCCUGCUGCAACUACCACCCACUCGCCUCCGAGACCUCCACAACCCCUGGCAUCUGGCGAGCCUCAACAAUAUGGAAUGAUGAAAGUUCAUCCUCUGGAUUCAGUCAAAAAGCUAGGAACCUCAUUAUCUCGACAACAAGAGUUACAGAAGAUGCCCGUGCGAAUCCAGGUCGGCUCCACUACCUUGGAGGAGCCGAAGUCAGAAUUAUCUCAAAUGCCCUCGCCGAUUACUAACGGGGCCCGUCCUUCUCCAGAAAUACGAAGAACGAGCGGUCAGGAACCAGUGUUGUCUCCUGAGCCCAGUCCGAAACUACCCAAACCUAGCUCUUCAGGAAACGAUGCGAGAAGUAGGUGGGGAGACAUGCGCCACGAUCAUCGUUCGCCUCAAGGUGCCAAUCUGUGGGGUAUACCUAGCAAAUCAGCCCUCGGCAACGGUACAUUCGAUCAAGGCCUCGCAGGAUACGCACCACAAGAUUUAUCGCGAACAUCUUCUACAGCGCAAGGUUGGAUGAAUGGGAGGACCCCUCACGCCGGUCGGUCACCACAAGCACAACAUGUGAACCAUGCGAUGCCAGAUGGCAGAAAUUUCUCGUAUCAGCCUCUGAUCUCGCCGGACCAAGGUCCCUUGGCUGCUGAUAGCGAGGUCGACUCUCUCUUCCCGACGACUAAGCCCGCUCCAAUUGGCCCACCCCCAUCUCACCAAUCGCAUCCUCUACCUCCCAACAAUGGCUUCCAGAAUGGUACAAGACCACAUGGGGUAGAUGCCUGGAACACCUUCCAUCAAGCCACCAGUCAGCAAGAGCGUUCUGAAAACGAGAGACUACAGCGUGAAACGAUGUCUCGGCGAGAAGAGGAGCUACGCACCGGAGUUCGGCAGGGACCCCAAUACACUUUCAAUGAGACCUGGAAGCAGGUGCAUGUCGGUGAUCAGGCCGGUCAGAGACAAGUCACGACGGUCGCGCAGUCUUCUGUGCCCGCCUCGAACAUGUUUGGUGCCGUAGGCACGGUACCUGGCCCAGAAAUGGGACCCCGGAUGAUGAACGGCCCUGCAGGCCGGGGAUCUAGGUUCUUUCCACAGCCCAUUGGAGGCCCUCCACAUCAGGAUCGACGAGCCUUCACAUACAGUCAUCCUGAACCGUCCAGAUCACCGUCACCACCCCCCGCCGAAGAGUAUUCGAGUCUCCAUCCCGCUUUUGACGGCGACCACGCGAGACCUAAGGUCCACUUCCCACCAGAAAAGGCCGUUGUCAAACUUCCUCCAGCAAUGCCACCAACUCCUCCAAGUCCUACUCCGGCUCAACUUGCGCAUGCGCCACAAGCGCCACUGACAUGGGCGGCGAGAGUGUCUAUGCCGCCUUCAGCGCCCGGCCAGUCAUUUCGAUCUGCGUCCACUCCGAUUGUGCAGAAUCCAUCUUGGCAAGAACGUUUCAAUGGACUCUUGGGUAAGAAGUCUUCUCCAACAAGAGAAGCUGCUCAGCCAGUUGAUGCGGUCCUUGCCAUUGCGCCUUCUUCUAGAGAGCCACUUGAUGUACAACACGUACUUGUACCUGCUGCAUCAGUGUCUCUACCUGUCGAGUUUGACAUUGGUAUGCUGGGAGCGAACUACUCCAUUUCGACGAAAGAUGUUGAAAGCGAGGAUGACCUCUUCGAGGAUCGAGAACCAGGUUCUUUGCCAGCCAUCAGGCUACCUCUGGAGACCCCACCAUUGCAAUGGGAUCCAUCAUUUGCGCCAAAGAUCACCCCGUCCGCGGUCGAUCCAGUCUCGAUCCACGCGUUCAUGGUCAGCAAUCUCCGGGAAUGGCAUGGUCCUUCGAAACCGCAGUUUGCCAUCAUCCGCUUCCCAGGAUCGACCAAAUCCGUCAGAAAGGAUAUUCCGGUCAAAGGAGCACCCGCAAAUAACGGUGGCAGACAACGAUUUGGCAAUGGGUCUUCGAACUCUAGCUCGUACGCAGGGAAACGUGGCAGAAACCGAGAUGGGCCACGUUCUCGGCAGGCGUCAAAAGCACACUGAGAUUAUGUUUGAGUAUUACCAAGUUUCGAGUCGCAGGAGGGCGACUGCAGAUAACACCAUGAAUCGCGUUGACCGAGCGGAUUUGGUCCCCUUUGACCACGCCGCAAGUGAGAACCCGUUUCCAGUUACUAUUGUAUUCCAUUGUCAUAUUGAACAUUGCAGAGACGAUGCAACAGUCUAUGCGACCCGCAUUUGGCCUUUGAUGGCCUCAGAUAUCAGUAUCUCGGUGGCGUCGCAAGAACAAAUGUCGAAGGGGGGAGCUGGACUUCGGGAAGGAGGCUUGAUUUGUUCGAGUCUGUCUGUCCUCAGUGAUCGUUUCUGACUAGCUUAGUCUCUCUCGUGAUCCGAAAGAGACUUUGGGACGAGGCAAAGAGCAAGGACGGGAAAAAGCCGUCUCUGCAGCGUUUGUAGCAUUGAGUGCGGCAUUGAAAGCUGUGCGCUCAUACCUACACUCUCUUGCGUCCCGUGCAAUGAAAGUUAUUAAUUGUUGACCACGC